AUGAGUCCAGUUCCUAUCGAUAGCGAAUUUAGAUUGGACAACGACAAAGUUGAUCAUAAUAACGAAGAAUGUAUUGAUGAAAUGAAAUUGAAAGAAGAACCCCGGAAUUACUAUAGCUCUCUCAAGCAUCAGUUAACGUUCCGUGAAAUCAUCCCAGAAUACGUUCGAAGUCCGGUAGAAAGUAGUAUUGGUAUUAUUAGAUUUAGUAUAGAUCACGAAAAGCUAUCAGACCUUAUGCAAGAUGUAAUUACCCCUCAAGAACAUAAAUAUAAUGAUAAAGAUUAUUUGGUUAAGAAAGAAGUUGUGUCAUCAUCACAGAAACCAAAAGAUCUAAUAAGUUCACGUGCAAAGAAAUGGCAUGAACUUCCAGAUGAUAUGAAGGAAUCAACUCGUAAAACCGGAAAAGACGAAAGUGAACUUUUAACUGUUGAUAUUCCGAAAUUUUUUCUGAGGCCAGUUAUUCCAAUUGUGACGAUGACACAAACUCAAUAUAUUGAUUUUGCCCAACAUAAACAUCAAGCGGAAAUGAAAAUCACUUCAAAUGUUGGAAAGAUAGGUCAUCCGUCUGCUGUCACAUGA